AUGGGUUCUCUCCCCGCAGCCGCGAACUGGACCGACCGCGCGAGCACGGCGGGCGCGGAUCCCGGGAACCUGAGCGCUGCGCUCGCGGCAGGGGCCGCUCCGGGGGCGACUGAGGCUGAGUGGCUGCACCUGCUAGUCCAAGCUGGCAACCUCUCGGCCUCGUCCUCUGCCCUAGGACUGCCCGCGGCCUCCCCGGCGCCUUCGCAACCCCGGGCCAACCUCACCAACCAGUUCGUGCAGCCGUCCUGGCGCAUCGCGCUCUGGUCCCUGGCAUACGGCGUGGUUGUGGCGGUGGCGGUGUUCGGGAACCUCAUCGUCAUCUGGAUCAUCCUGGCCCACAAGCGCAUGAGGACCGUUACCAACUACUUCCUCGUGAACCUGGCUUUCUCCGACGCCUCUAUGGCUGCCUUCAACACCUUGGUCAACUUCAUCUAUGCGCUUCACAGCGAGUGGUACUUCGGCGCCAACUAUUGUCGCUUCCAGAACUUCUUUCCCAUCACAGCGGUGUUCGCCAGCAUCUACUCUAUGACGGCCAUUGCCGUGGACAGGUAUAUGGCCAUUAUUGAUCCCUUGAAACCCAGACUAUCUGCCACAGCAACCAAGAUCGUCAUUGGAAGUAUUUGGAUUCUAGCAUUUCUACUUGCCUUCCCUCAGUGUCUUUACUCCAAAAUUAAAGUCAUGCCAGGCCGUACUCUUUGCUACGUGCAAUGGCCAGAGGGUCCUAAACAACAUUUCACCUACCAUAUUAUUGUCAUUGUACUGGUGUACUGUUUUCCAUUGCUCGUCAUGGGUGUCACAUACACCAUUGUUGGAAUUACUCUUUGGGGAGGAGAGAUUCCAGGAGACACCUGCAACAAGUACCAUGAGCAGCUAAAGGCUAAAAGAAAGGUUGUAAAAAUGAUGAUAAUUGUCGUGGUGACAUUUGCCAUCUGCUGGCUGCCUUAUCAUAUUUACUUCAUCCUCACAGCAAUCUAUCAACAGCUGAAUAGAUGGAAAUAUAUCCAGCAGGUCUACCUGGCUAGUUUUUGGCUGGCAAUGAGCUCCACCAUGUACAACCCCAUCAUCUACUGCUGUUUGAAUAAAAGAUUUCGAGCUGGCUUCAAGAGAGCAUUUCGCUGGUGCCCUUUCAUUGAAGUUUCUAGCUAUGAUGAGCUGGAGCUCAAGACCACCAGGUUUCACCCGACUCGGCAAAGCAGCCUUUACACGGUGACCAGGAUGGAGUCCGUGACAGUGGUGUUUGAGCCUAGUGACCCAGACAACUCCAAAGCCAGUCGAAAGAAGAGAGCAACCCCAAGAGACCCAAGUUUCAGUGGCUGUUCCCGCAGGAAUUCCAAAUCUGCCUCCACCACGUCAAGCUUCAUAAAUUCACCCUAUACCUCCGUGGAAGAAUAUUCCUAAAUCCAUUUUCUGAAGUGCAAGACUAGCGUUAGGGCAUCAUGGUGCCAGCAUAAGCCCCCAUUCUCCUGUUUAGCAGUCCUGUCUUACCUACUCUCUGGAAACAGAGGGCAAUUUUGGAGCAGCUAUGCUUCAAUUGAGAAAGGUAGCAGAGAAAUGUAACAAAGACACUAUUAAGAGAUUUACCCCCUCAAAAAUAAAAUGGGCUCUUAAUUUAUGCUUUGAAAAUUCCAAAUUAUUACAUGCAACAA